UCGCUCAAAUUCCCACGUUUGUGUUUGUGUUCGCGUUGUCAUCAUCGAAUCGCUCGAAACGAAAAAUUAAAACCGUGCCAGUUGUGACCGUUUCGUGCGACGUCAGCCGGAGUUGGCGGAAUUCCAUUGACAUCGGGGCUCGGGUUUCGAGAAGUGCCUUUUUAGAGCCGUGCAACAAGUGGUUUUUACAAUUUCUUACAAGCCUUCAAAGUGCCUUACAAACCUACACACACAUACACACGUAACCUACCUGACCAGCGCGCGCGCGAAUGUGUGUGUGUAAUAAUAACAACAACAACAACAAGAAGAAGACGAAAUAGCUAACUGCUUUCGUCGCAGUUUUCUGCAAGUGUAUUGGUUUAAUUGCGCCGAAAAAAUGUUAAGCGAGUGAAUUAAUUGAUGUCUAAUUGAAUUACGCGAGUGAGCGAACUAGAGCGGGUUAGGCCAAGCCAGUAGAUAUAAAGUAAAAGAAAGAUCCUCGAUCUCUGAUCAGAAAGAAGCUGCCGCUGAGAAAUCCCCAACGCGAGGAUCUGUAUCGCGUAUGUGUCGGUUGUUUUUUUUAUGAAUAAAUAAAGAUUAAAUAUAGAUUACAAGUGCACUUAAGCAAACAGGGAGGGAAAGGAAAACAAGGGAUUAACUGCCAGAUAGCCAAGAAACAACAACGCUACCUGAACGUGAACGUGACGUGACGUAUUUACGUGGAUUAAUAAUUAAGAAGAUAGCAGCUAGCAAACAGCAAUUGCCGGUGGAUAUCGCUGGUAGCAACUUGAGAACACCAUGGAGUCCAUGGAGUAUGAGAUGGCACGCAACAUGACGUUGCUCUUCUUCCUGGAGCGACUCCUCGAUAAGGGAGAACCUCGCACUGUCCAUGAUCUAUCCUGCCAGUUUGGCAAUAAGGAGUUCACCAAGGAAAUGAGACAGAUCGCCGGUGGCAGUCAGUCGGGUCUGAAGAAAUUUCUCGCCCAAUACCCAUCAAUAUUUCUGGUCGACGGUGAUUAUGUGCAGGUGAAUGCCUAUCAGCACAGCAAUGCGGACGAGGGGGGUUGCGGCGGGAAGCGGGAUUACAUCCAAGAGGCUAAAGACUAUUUCAAGAAUAAGAUGCUGCAGUAUGGAGCAGCGGCAGAGGUGCCAGUAAGGAGUCUCCUGGGUCACAGGUCGCAGGCAUCGCCCCAAGUACGACACAUAUCAGGUCAGCACAUUAAGGAGUUCACCGACUUCCUGAUGAAGCACACCGACACCUUUAAGGUGAUGGAUGACUAUGUGAUGCUGGUGGGAUGCGAGAAUAUGACGGAUCUGCCGGCGCGGGAUCGCCUACAUUUGCCGCAAUCCAACAUUGAUACUCGUGGAACGCAGCAAAUGCUCGAUUUCUUUGCCCAAUGCAUUGAGAUCAAGGGACCACUGUUGGUGGAUCAACUGUUCCAUUUGCUGACCACCAAUUUCCCGCAGGAUCAGUGGCUGCGCAUGUUCAAGACACCGGGGGAUCUGAGCUCGUUCUUGAAGCUCUUUGCCGACUGCUUUCACAUACAGGCCAAUCUAGUCACGUUGCUGCAGAAGCCCAAGCUCAGUGACACGCACAUUCAGCAGGCCCAGGCCCAGACCCGGGAGCAGUUCAAUGCGCUGAAUAACAAUAAUGAUGCCGCCAGCAAUCGGAGGCAGGAAUCAAGUGGAGGAGGAGCUCCUAUCAGUGCCGUGCAGCAGAGAUUGCAAUCGCCGGCGCUGCGGAGUAAUGGUCACACGAACAACAAUAAUAAUGGAAGCAAUGGCAACAAUAAUAAUAAUAACAAUAGCAUAGCUUCACCCAACUUUAAGCUGAAUGCACCCGUUUCCAAUGUGAUGGGUCAGACGCAGAGCCCCGGUGGUUUUGGCCAACCCAAGUCGGAGCCCAGUUCUGGAUUUGAUAGCUAUGUGCCCAUGUCGGAGUUGAAGUUGGAGAAUUUGUGCGAGAACAAUUAUCCCAGUGCGAAUACCAGCUACGGGGCCAUUAAUACCUCUUCACAACAGUCGCAGCAACAGCCACUCCUACCACAGCCUUCGUCAGCCCCGAAUCCCUCAGAGCAGCGUAUGAAUAGCGUGAAUCAAACCCUAAAGCAACGCAUCAACACCUUGGUUAUACGAACCCUGGCGGAGAAUCUGGAGAAGGACAAGCAAUCCUUGGCCAAUCAGCAGCAGGGCGGUGGCUCCAGUCCCGUGCAUUCCAUUGCCAAUUCAACGACAACAACGAGUUUGAACCAAAAUGUCAAUAGCAACUCCAACUCCAACUCGAAUUCAAAUUCAAAUUCAAAUCCAAACAAUGCCAACAAUCACUCACCUAGUCAUAGCUACUUUGUCGGCGACACCUGGAAGAUUAAGGUCCUGCAGAACACCACAGUGAUAGCGAAUGUCAAGCAAUCGGUGUUUGUGACCGACAUCAUACUCAAGUAUGCGGCCAAAAAUGAGAAUAUAGUUGUCUCCCUGGACUGCGAGGGCAUCAAUCUCGGCCUCAAGGGAGAGAUUACUCUCAUUGAGAUAGGCACAGGACGGGGAGAGGCCUUCCUUUUCGAUGUUCAAUCCUGUCCGGCCAUGGUCACCGAUGGUGGACUUAAGACCGUGCUGGAGCACGAUCAGGUGAUCAAGGUGAUUCACGAUUGCCGUAAUGAUGCUGCCAAUUUGUAUCUGCAAUUUGGUAUCCUGCUGCGCAAUGUGUUUGACACACAGGCCGCUCAUGCGAUACUGCAGUACCAGGAGAGCGGCAAGCAGGUGUACAAGGCCAAAUACAUAUCGCUCAACUCGCUAUGCGAGCAAUAUAAUGCUCCAUGCAAUCCCAUCAAGGAUCAGCUGAAGCAAAUCUAUCGAAGGGAUCAAAAGUUCUGGGCCAAGCGACCACUAACGCGUGAAAUGAUGUUGUACGCAGCAGGAGAUGUUCUGGUCCUCAUCCAUGAUCAGUUAUUUGGUAAUCUGGCGAGACAGAUUAAGCGAAACCGGCAACUCUUCUCGGAGCUGUGCACCGAGCAAAUACUCAUGCAGAUCAAGCCCAACGAGGUGAAGAUACGCAAGAAGCAGCGCAAGGUCAGCACCGAGGUGUCCGAUCUCAAGCAGAAGUUGGCGCAGACCAGCAAGAGCAUUGUGCUUUCCAAUAGGGAGAUACGACUGUUGCGCUACAUGGACCUGACGGAGGAGGAGAAGGAGCGCCUUAAGGGCUAUUACAAGGUGGCCAAAAAGCUUGAGAAAAUGGAGUCAGCCGGCAAUCCCAGCAAAGACCAAAGUGAUUCCGAGGAUGAGGCUGAGCCCAAUGAGAAUGACACAUUCCCCAGUUUGGACUCGGUUCCUUCAGACAACUCGCUGUCGGGCACUUUUUCGCCCAGGUUCAGCUCGGAGCCACCCAGCUUGACCGAGUCCAUGCAAAUGCUGGAGGAGAUACUCCAAAACAAGUCCAUGGAUCGCAUUGCGCGCAUAGAUAAGCUGGAGGCCAUACUGACGACAGCCACCUCGUUGCCAUGUGAACAAAUUAUAGCUUCAAAUUCGAUGCAAGAACAGCUGGGUUCAAGCAUUGCGACCACCGAAAAUCUGCAAAUUAUAAGGGAAAAGUCCAGGAACAUCAAAAACAACUGCAAUUGCCAGGGCGAGAGGAGUGUGACCCCUAUACUGCGUACGACUGACAAACGGAUGGUCAAGUUGGUGGAUGCCGAAUCGCAAACGCUAAGCACUGGCGAUGUGGUCAUCACCAAGAUCUUCUUCCAGGAUGAGCACGAAAGGGCCAAGGAGGCGGCCCUGCUGAGCAGCAGCUCGCCCACGAAGCGAGUGGCUUCCACUUAGACAUUUCAAGCUUCGAACACUGAUGAUUCCUAACCACAAGCAAAAAGCGCAGACAGACAUACAUAUAUUACGUAUUAUUAUUAUUAUUUGGACUAUAUUUGAAUGGGCUGAGCGCCGCCUCAAUCAUGCAAUAACUUUCAUAAUCAAUUGAGAAGCAAUAUAUAUUUUGUGCCUA